ACUAAUCUUUUAGAUUAUUAUAAUGUUUAAUAUUAUUAAUCUUCUAGAUCAGUUAUAAAGAGGUUAAUAAACCUUGAACAUUACAUUUAUAUUAAUUAAACUACCUUGAACUACGUUUAUAUAAAUUUUUUAGAAUUGUAAUAAAGAUUUUGUGUAUCACUUUAUUCAUAAUAAAUAAUUUAUACGACUAUUUUGCAAAAUUACUAUUAUACAUCUGCUUGAUUUCUACCACUAAUAUGAUGUCACUUCUGUGAGUAGAUCUGCUAGCCUAAUUUGCUUAUUAUUAUUUUAUUGUUUUUAUUUCUCUUUUUUAAUAAGUAGCGCAUUAAACUUUACGGUUUAUUCUCUCUCUUUCUCUCUCUCUUUCUCCCUCACUUACUUUGUCAUUUAUUUAUUGUUGCGUGUUUUUUUCGCUAUCUCCUUCCAACAUCCAAGGUUUUCUAUUCCAGACAGUAUAUAUGAGUCUAAAACACGUCAAAAAGAUAUCUUAAUGUCUUUUAGAUAUGCGUCUCGCAUGUGUUGACUCACUUAGAAAUAUGUAGUUCUUCGAAAACAUUGUUACAUCGAAAAUUAAAUACAACAAAUUUUUGAAAUGUCCAUUAUUUUAACUAAUUAUUUUUUACAAUUUUGUUUAAUUUUUAAAUUGGAAAAAAAUAUUUAAAACAACAUCUUCCAAAACAAUAUAUUGAGGAAAAUAUUAAUAAGAUUAUCACACACACACACAAACACACACACACACACACAUAAAUAUUGAAAAAUAAAACACUUUCUGACACUCAAUUUCCUACUCAAAGACGUUAAAGUUUUGAAAGAUGCAAGUUUUGAAUUUCAAGAACUUUUUGAUUUUAAUGAUAUAAAAACGACAUCAUAUUAAGAAACUACAUUUUGCAAAAAAUAAGGGAACACUUGAAAUUAAUGAGAAUAAAAUUCAAUUUCAUGUAUCUUUGUGAAAAAUGGUCGAAGAAUGAGUACUCAUGAGAGUAGGUAGAACAGAUUACAGAUUUUACUGCUCAGAUGUAGUGCAACUAUUAAUUGACACCUGUGUAAUACGUAAAUUGUCAAUAAUACACAAAAAUAGAGAAAACAAUUUUAAAUAAAUAACAAUAAUAAUAAUACAUAAAUUACAUAUAUUUUAAUUAUAUGUAAAUUAUUAUUUUGUUACAGAAGCAAAGUUGAGCAAUUUAUAAAAGUAACGCGUUACUAUUAAUCGUUAACAAUUUUAAAAAGUAAUACUAUACUACUGUUUUUACUUAGAAAGUAUUCAGUAAGCAAAAUUCAGUAAGCAAAAUUCAGUAAGCAAAGUAUUCAGUAACACGUAAUAUGUUAGCAGAUUGGUAAUAGACUUCCUUAAAAGUUACUAGCAAAUUGGCACACGUUAUUUCAGCAAUAUGCUUACUAGUUGCUAAUAAAGCCUGCACUUGAAUCUGCAAUCUAGCAGCAAAAUCAAGCAGAAGUCGCAAAUCUUGCUCUAUUAUUGCAACUAGUCUAUUGGUAUAGCAUUAUUAGUCAGCUUUGUCAUAUUUUCGACAACAAUUUAUUAAUAUUUUCUAAUAUUACAGACUCUGUCUAUAAUUAGUUGUGUUUCUACCGUCAGGAAUUGAUAACAUGCUCUGUUGAAAAUCUGUCUCUGCAGGCUUUGUCUUACCUGGAUAACUAUUUGUAAUUUUUUUGGCUAUUUUUUAUAAAAUUUUAAUAUUUUUUUAAGCAUCCAAUUAUCAGCCAAAAUCUAUAGUAGUUUUGUUAUUAUAAUUACAAUGUGAUUUAUAUGCAUAUAGGGUAUACAUAUUAUAAAGUAACAAUAAAAUUUAUCAAGGUUUUUACUUUAAAAAUUGUUACUAUUACAAAUAAAAAAGUUACGAUCGUUAUAAAAAAAAUGCGAUAAUGGCGUUAUAAGUAACGCGCGUUACUUUGCAACUUUGUUAGGUGCUUGCAAUAAAAAUCAACGAAACUCAUUAAGCUAUUUUUAUUCUCCUCAUUUUGUUUGCAAAAUUUGAAGAAAAUUAUUGCAAUAAAGUACAAUAAUUAUAUUUGUUUUUAUGUAUUGUUAUUAUAAAAGAAUUUAUGCGGUUUACGUUUAGUUUAUCUUUUUGGUAAAGUACUUAUAUUUUUUAGAAGCAUUUACAGCACGUAUCUCUCUAAAAAAAGACGAAGGCUUUGUUAAUAACUAAAUAAAAAAUCUGCUGCAAUUUUUUAUGUGCAACACGUGUCAUAUUGGAUAUGAUAUAGAAGUGACGAAUAAAUCCGACAAGGCUUACCACUUCUAUGUUUUAGCAUGUUAGGCUAUCUGAGAAUCCCUCUAAAAAAAGCGUGUCAACUGAGUGAAUUUCGUAUCGAUGCGUUGAGGCCUCCUUUCCGCGACGCUAAUUAGUUUUUUCGCUUGCCUCGCUUCGUAUUGCGAGAGUAGCUGUCAGCGCGAUGGAAUUUUGACAGCUGUGAAGUUUAAUUUUGACAAUCGCGUGACAGUUUGUUAAAAAAGUUAAGAUUGUUGUUAUAGAAGAGAGGAAGAUCUUUUUUGAAAAAAAGAAACAAAAAAAGAAGAAAAAAAAAACGAAAAAGAAGAACAAAUAAAGAAAAAAAGGAAGAAAAUUAGAUUCGAGAUGGUACUUGUGGAAUUAACAGGAAUUUUCAUUGUUAUCUUGAGCAUUGUGUAUAUUUAUUAUAAAUAUGUGAUAUUUAAUUUUUGGCGCAAGAGAGGUGUUUUUUAUGUCGAACCUGUUGUACCAACUGGAAAUGUAACAGAUUUCGUAACUGAAAAAGUGCAAGUAGGCGUACUUUUCCAAGAUGCCUACAUGAAAUAUAAGGAUCAUCGCGCUUUUGGAAUGUAUACAUUUUUUAAACCAAAUUUGGUAAUUGCUGAUUUCGAUCUUAUUCGAAUUGUGUUAACAAAGGAAUUCAAGUGUUUUCAUGAUCGUGGGAUGUAUUGUAACGAAAAGAUUGAUCCACUGACUGGCCAUUUGUUUCUUAUGCCUGGAAAAAGAUGGCGAAAUAUGCGUGUUAAGUUAACACCUACAUUUACUUCAGGAAAAAUUAAGCGGAUGUUUCUUAUCUUGAAGGAGUGUGGCGAAGAACUCGCAAAGCAUUUAAAGAGUAAAGCUGAAAUGAGAGAUUCCAUCGAAAUGAAAGAUACUUUAACAAGAUAUACAACAGACGUAAUUAUGUCAACUGCUUUUGGUAUUAAAUCUAAUUGUAUUGAAGAACCAAAUAAUGAGUAUCGAAUCCAGGGAAAAAAAAUUUUUGAAGUAAAUUCAUUUUGGACCGCUGUAGCUAUGUUUGCGCCGCAAAUUAUGGAGUUUUUUUCCAUUCCAAUUACGGAACAAUCUGUCACGAAUUUUUACACUAAAAUGUUUCGAGAAAAUGUGGAAUACAGGAAAGCUCAUAAUAUUGUCAGACAUGACUUUGUGGAUCUGCUCAUACAACUCAUGGAGAAGGGCUACGUUGAUCCUGAAGAUGACAAGAUCAUCAACGAAUCAUCAACCAUAAAUAAACUUACCAUGACAGAAGCCACUGCGCAAAGUUUUGUCUUCUUUGCAGGUGGCUUCGAAACAUCCGCGAUGACGAUGACAUUUGCCCUAUAUGAAUUAGCUCAAUAUCAAGAUAUACAAGAUAAAGUUCAUAAGGAAAUCGAUAAAACGUUGGCAAAACAUGGUGAUCUAACUUACGACGCUGUGAACGAAAUGACAUAUCUUCACAAAGUAUUAAAUGAAACUUUGAGGAAAUAUCCACCUGUUCCAGUAUUAAAUCGCAUCUGCACCGAGGAAAUAAUCCUAUCGACCACAAAUAUUAGUUUACCAAAAGAAACGUUAAUAACCAUACCAGUUCUUGGAAUACAUCGAGAUCCAUCAAUUUAUCCAGACCCAGAUAACUUUGAUCCUGAGAGAUUCAAUGCAGAUAAAAUAGCAGAAAGACAUCCUUACGCUUAUUUGCCGUUCGGAGAGGGACCACGAAUUUGCAUUGGUUUACGAUUUGCCAAUUUGCAAAUAAAAGUUGGACUUGUAAGUCUUCUGUCAAAAUAUAAAUUUAAACUAAAUCCUCGGACUCCAAUUCCUCUUACUUUUAAUACUAAAGCUCUGGUUCUUGUAGCAAACAGUAGUGUACAUCUUAUCAUUGAGCCACGUUAAAAGUGUCUUUUUGUAGAAAACUAAAAUUUUUAUUUAUUUAUUCAAAAAAUAUGAAACAUGUCAAAAGUGUAGCUUAAAAGAAAAAAGAAAUAUAUUUAAUAUAUUGUUACGUCCGGCGAACUUAACGUUUUUUUUCCUAUCCCUGACCCUCCAAAGAAAAUAGUUGAGUAAGGAAAAUCGUAUUCUGACGGUUAUUGAUAAUAAAAAAUGUUUGUAAAGAAUUGCUUUAUCAUCGCGCACAAGUUCGCGAGAUAUAACAACUUAUAACUUUAUUUUCAAAGAAAAGUAAAUACGUAAAUCAAAGGGUACAGCCAUCAAACAAGGGCUCUAAUUCUCCAUCUAUAAACAAUUUCAAAGAGCGACCGUCAGAUAUGAUUCAAUUUCUUUGGAAUCUAAGGCAAUGUUGAGUUUAGAAUAAAAAUAUACAGCUAUCCUUAUCACCGGAUCAUGCUCAAACAAUGCCUUAGAUCGGUACUCAAUGUAAAAAUAGAGGAAAAAAAGGGAAAUGUCAAAACUUAAGAAAAGAUUAAACUCAUCAAACAAGCUCCGUAGUCGGUGGUUUGUAAGAUGAAAACGACGGAAUCAGAUCAGAGCGGCGCGGAAUCUUUUAGAACUGACAUAUCAAGAAUAUUUGAGGAAUCUAGCCACCCGUCGUGUUCCCGAAGCGUCGACAGCUCAGCUCUACUACCUCUCGUGCUUCUACUUCCAAGGACUCACCCUGCUGCGUAUUUAGUAUUUUUAAAUAUAGCUCACUAGAUCAAGGUACGCUCCUCACCUACGUUUUGCUCUGCUGGGCCUCGUACCCUUUCCAGGCCUUCGUUUUAAGCAUGCGCCUUAACAUUAAAUUACCCCUUCUGCUCUUAAGCUAUUGCGUAACUCUCCGCCGUUUUUAGAAUGCGUUUUCUCCCGGUGCAGGCAACACCUUUUCUGCACGCGGUAUUAACUCGAACAAUUCAGCGGCACAUGUUUAAUAUUUAAAUUGUGAAAUUAAGUGAAGAUAAGAUAAAGUUAAAGUAAAGGUGAAUAAAGUUGGUUGAAUUAAAAGCAAGGAUUCAUUGUCCUGACCGCACCGUCUUACGAGGAAUUACCCGGCAAGACAUACGGAGAGCGCUCGAGCCACGUGCGAGAGUCAGCUCACAGCAAUUACGCUACACACCCCGAGUCCCUCCUCCCACGUUCUCUGCCAUUGGUUCCCCGGAGCCAGAAAACCAACCGCCAUCACCUCCACUUUCCCCUGCGCCUUCUGAUUUGAGCGUCGAGUUUUUAGAUAAGCUUUACAUUCCAUCCUCU